AUGACUGAUGGUGUUCACGUCAGAACAGCUGCUGCUGUCCGCACCGCGGUGCUGUGGGUGUCGCUCUGUAUGCUUCUGCAGCACCUGGGCCACCACCCGCAGUUCACAGCAGAGGCGGAGGGAAGUGUUCAAGUUAACAUUGUGCGGUAUUUCACACUUCCCAACAGUAAGUUCACAAGUUUUCCUGGUGGGGAGGUUAGUUCCGUUACUUCCGCCAAACUUUGUAGUGCGAAUGGUGGAUCUCUUGUGUCCGGUCAGUCGGCUGCUGCACAAGAUGCCAUUACUACAGAGCUGAGGAAGGCGUUCGAAGGUUCCCAGGUUGCCUCACAUACAUUCAUGGGUGGGGAUGCAUCGUACAAUGUUAUCUGGGAGAUAGACCCUACCAAAAAAUGCAAAGUAGGGGUUAAAGGUGUCGCUUCACUUAAUUGUAUCUAUCAAUGGAACAUCGGGGAAUUUGCACCGGGAUCAUAUGACGGCCACGGUGUUCCAUUUUACCGUGGCUCGUAUUAUAGUGUUGCUGGUGCAGGACCAAUGAAUGGGUACACACCGUUCUGGGAGAACAACUACCCUGGACGUGGUCAGCCUUACCUCAUUUCUCGAUUCGUCGUACAUGUGGGAUCAAGAGCACUGUGGUAUGAUGGCGACAGUUGGGCAAAAUUCAAUCCCGACACACCUCCAAACAGCUUUGCGUCUGUCUGUGAAGUUCAAGAUGGUCUGGUCGGAAAUAGCUCAUUCCCACCAACAGAAUCAAAGACAACAUGGAUCCAGAAGCAUUGGUAUGUCCCUCUGAUCAUUGCUGUGGUUGUGCUGGCGGCUAUCAUUGCACUGAUUGUACUCUGUUGUUGUCUUGGUGGCCGUGAUGAAGAGAAGUACUUGCAUCCAAUGGUCAUUAGAGAUAUCAGCAAUGAACCACUACGUGCACGUGAAAUCAUUGAUUAUGAUGGUAAUGUUGAUGACAUGGGUUUUCAUGACAGGGGUAUGUCCAUGGUUCCAUCACACCCCAUGCCAAUGGAAGAUAUUGAAUCUGCAAAUGUAUCCGUGUACUCUGCGGCAGAGAACAAUAUUUACGGUGAUGGAGAUGUUUUCUUGAAUGGCAACCGAUAA